AACAACCACCGCUUUACGGCAGGGACCAGUCUUCCACAUGGCCUCGUCCAACCUGGUUGAGGCCGGAGUGUGUGUGUGUGAGGUUUGAUCACUAAACCCGAGUUAGCUAGAGAAACGAACAUCCUAUGCGCUGGACGCAACUUAAAAUAAAAAAAGUAAGAUGGGUAAAAGUAGAACCACUAAGUUUAAACGUCCGCAGUUUAACGCUGUCGGUCUGCCGGUGAACGCUGUGAAGGAAGCCGACCUAGAGGAGGAGGAGCUCGGGGAGGAGAGCUGUCCUGCUGCCGAGCUGCUGGAGAAACUGCAGAGUCCGAGUGCAGACGUGCGAGAGUUUGGUUGUGCCAGCAUCUCUCGGGUGGUGCAGCAGAGCCAGACCAUCCCUGGCUUCCUCCAGAGGGACGCUGUGAGGCGCCUGGGCCCCAUGCUGCUGGACAGCAGCCUGGCUGUCAGGGAGACGGCCACAGGAGCACUCAGGAAUCUGAGUGCAUGCGGAGGUCAGGAGGUGUGCGAGGACAUGGUGAAGCACGACGUCAUGACUCCUCUGACAGCACUGCUGAGAGAGUGCUGUGCUGGUUUUGAGAGUGCCGUCGUGCAGAUGAAGGAGCAGAAGAAUCCAGUGGAGGAUGUAGCCAAUGAGGCUGUUCACCUACUCUGGAAUCUAUGUGAGAGCAGCAGCCAGGCGUUGUCCAUGUUCAACAAAGCAGGUCUCCUGCAUGUGGUUGUCCAGUGUCUGGAGAGACACCCACACAAUGUGGAACUGGCCAUAUCUGCAGCUCACUGUUUGCACACUGUGACUGAGGACAACUCCGAGCUGCUGUGUAGCAUGAGCACUGCCGCGCUCGGCGCCCUGGAGAACGUGCUGCUGUCGUCUCAGCCGAGCAUGGCACACACUCUGCUCAGGACGUUGGCUGCAGGGACACUGUGGAACAUGAAGGGCAGCCUGCCCGCUGCCCGUCAGGCACAGGCCCUCAGCGCUGUGGUGGCCACCUUGUCAAAGUGCCUGGAUCUGGAUUCAGGGACACUCAUACCUGAACUCAGACAAGCAGAAGAGGAUCGUCACAGAAACGCACCGGCUGCGACAGACGCAGAAGACCAGGCUGCAGGGGAGCUCGCUGUGAACGAGAUGGAUGAGGAGGAGGAGGCACCCCAACAGAAGAGGAAUGGGAAGGCUGUGAAGAUCGAUAACGACUUCUCCGACCUGCUGCCUAGGGGCAAGGAGGAGCUGAGGGAGGCAACGGCCUUGCUGACAGCCCAGCAGACGUCCUUAGAGAUCAUCGUCAACAUGUGCUGCCCUGACGACCCAUCUGACGACGAGUGGGAGGAGGAGUCGAGCAGCGAUGAAAGCGACGUGUGUCCGGACAGUCUCUGUGAUGGAGUGUCCAAUCUGAUGUCGCCCCUGUGUUUGUCAGCUGAGGUUCACGGAGCCUUAAUCAACCACAGCGUCCCUGAAAAGGUCCUCAAAAAGACAGAGUUCCCCAGAACACAAGCCACAGAUGUGUGCCAUCAGAAUCCCUCCUGGAGAGGCCUGAUAAAAAGGAUGCAGCGCGUACAGUCCCGGGCUCUGACGUGCUUCCACAGCAUCCUCUCCUCCAUGGAUGCUGAGUCUCUGGGAGGAGCAGCAGCCCUGCAGGGAGCAGCACAGCACCUCUCUACCCUGGUUUUUGGUGCAGCAGAGAUACCCAAAGAUGAGGAGUUCCUCGAGGCCGUCAUCAGUGCCAUGCGGUCUCUUCUUCAGAUGAUCGCCUUCAAAAAUAUCCCCCAGUGUAUGACCCCCCAGCAGCUCAUGAGCCUGAGCGAAGCGGCCACCCGCUGUGAUGUUGUCAGUGUGAGGGUCAAUGCCGUCGCCAUUCUGGGCAUCACUGGCAGCACGUUGGCCAAAGAGAAAGGCACUGCUGAAACCCUUCAGAUGAUUGGAAACGCCUUACUUCAAGUUGCCACAAGGGAUGCCGACCUGGUUGUGAACGGAGAAGCACUUGACGCCUUGCUUGAUGUGUUUGCGGACGGAGACGAGGCAGAGAAGGCUGCUAAAAACAUCCAGUUGCUACCUGCACUGAAGGCACUUCACCCUGUCUUUAAGGCCAAGAUUCGUAAAGAGGGAAAAGGCAAGUACAACCCUCAGCAGCUGUGCGUGCUCGACAACAUCAAGGUGAACCUGAGGAGAUUCAUCGGUUAUCUGGAGAAGCUGGUGAAAAAAUGAGGACUUUUCAGUACUUUUCAGUGGAACGAGUAUGGUUUGGACGGAUGCUGUAUGCUAGCAGGAGUAUAGCAUGGAACAGGAAAUGUUUUUGAAACCAUCAAGUAUUUAUUAUGUUGGUAGUAAACCAUUUGUUAAUGCUUGGUUUCAAUGUUUAUAUUCUCUAAAUAAUGAUUUACUAUUUCACUUAGUGGUGUGAAAGUUUAUUUGUUGUGAAGAAAGAAGAGAGGAAUCUAAUAAUUAGUAUUUACUGUGUGUUGCAGUAAAGAUUUGUUUACCCUACAUUAAACUUUGAAUGAGAAUGUUUUCAUACUCCCCAGAUCAGGUGUGGUGAGCUGACGGCAGGCGUCACCAUGGUUACCUUUAUUUUCGCCCCAUAUUUCUAUGAGCUAAAAAUCCGAUGUUUUUAAGUCCUGCUGGUCCUGAUGAGGGUGUGUGAGGUUUUAAAAACCGACAUGUUAUAAGAGUGAGUUUAGUUUCAGCUACUAUAUGUAAAGGAGAUUUUUCCUUUUAGAAUCAUUAUUGUGUUAAAGUAUCGGCUUGGUCAAGAGAAACGAAAUUAUGUCAUUUCACUAAGCUGAAGGGUUUUGGCACGCUCACUGCAGAAGUUAUAAUAAGACUACAGUCUAUUAAGACUGAUGUUGUAGCCUGUAGAAAUUAGCACAUGUUCUCUACCUCUGCCUCGCUGUGCGUCCUCUGCCUCCCUUGUGUUACACUACUCUGAUGCAGGGAGUGGUAACUUUUCUAGGUUUUGCAGGUCACCACAGCAACCAGCUCUCUACUGAGAGUAUCCAUCUCGGUACGGUUAUAGAAUAAUUGCAAAAAUACAAUAAAAAAAAAAAUAUAUAUAUAUAUAUUUUGCAUUACUGAAACCAAUAAUGAUCAAUCAGCAUCUGGUAUUGCUGAUAUAACAGUUAUGUGCUACAACACAGCAGGUUUGAAAUAAAGUAAAUCCAGGGUAAUUUCAUUUAUUUUUGCUCCGAAUUAGAGGGUUUUUGUGUCAACUCCUUAACUUUGCUGAUUUGUGUUUGUGAUAAUGUCAUAAACACACUUUCAAUGAUGUGUUUAAGGUAGAAUAUGUCAUCAGGCUAUGAAUAUUUUUUUAAAUAAAUCCUGGUUUCUGUAAGAGGUUUCUUUUGUAUUCUAUGACCAAGUUCUGGACUUGUAUGUGUUGGGAUUUCUGUGUCUCCAAGCAAAUGCUGAACCAAUCAAUUAAAAGGUAGCUGAACUAUA